AGCCAGGAUCGAACAUUAAUACUUUUAAUUGACUAGUGUUCAUCUUCAUUUAAUAUUAUUCUAGAGUAUGGAUGCUGCAGAACAAUCAUCUUCAGCGACAGCCGCAGCCAUAUCUUCGGAUGUUUGGAGAGAUAUAUUCCUAUGGAGAAGAAAGAAGCUGAGUUUAAGCCUUCUCCUCACCUCAACAUUAAUUUGGGUACUGCUAGAAGUCUAUCACUUUAACUUUGUGACCGUUGUUUCAUGGGUGACCAUGGUCAUUACUACUCUGCUGUUCCUAUGGGGAAACAUUUGUAAACUUCUUGGCAAAGCACCACCAAACAUGUCAGCACUAGAAAUCUCUGAGCAGUCAGCUAUGGAGGUUGCCAAUGCAUGUCGAGGAAUUGUUGAAGAAGCAGUGAGAUGGAUGUUCCAUGUGAAUGUUGAGAGAGAGUGGUUCGUGUUUGCUCAAGUAGUUGCGGGAUUUUUGUUACUCUCCCAUGUGGGAACCUUCUUCGAUUUGCUUACUCUUCUUUAUAUAGGUGUUGUGAUGGGCUUGAUAGUUCCAGUGAUUUAUGAGAAGUACGAGGAUAAAAUAAAGAGCAGUGGGGAGUAUCUGAAGCUGCAGUGCAGGAGAUUUUAUGAGAUGAUUGACAACAGGGUCAUCAAGAAUACGAAGAACAAGAUUGUUAAAGAAGAGAAGAAGAAAAUUCAGUAAAAUAUAUGUUUCUACAAAAUAGUGCACAGAAUAAUCUCUGUAAUGAAAUCGGCAGCUUUUUAGCAACUAUACUAAUUAAAACUAUAGGAAAUUGAAUGUUAUUAAUACGCUCAAGUCAAUCUUCUUCCAAACUUGUCUUAUCCGGAUAAGACAAGCUCAAAAGAAGGACGGGAGUAAAGAUGAAUCCAAAAAAAGGGCGAGAGAAGGCUGAAGGGUCUUAGUUGCCAGAGAGGGAGAGGGAGAGGGAGAG